AUGACGACCUUCACGAAGCUACCUGAUGGCGAGCAGGCCCUCCUCGAAGUUGAUGCGGGGAAGAGGCUCUCCAAGAUAGACCCAAUGAUCUAUGGCGGCUUCACGGAACACAUGGGAAGAUGUAUCUACGGCGGGAUGUACGACCCUGGAAACCCCCUUUCCGACGAGCAUGGCUUCCGCACAGACGUCCUCGACGCGCUGAGAGAGCUCGAUAUCCCCGUGGUCCGCUACCCCGGGGGCAACUUUGUCGCCACGUACCACUGGCUCGACGGGGUUGGUCCUCGGGACAAGCGACCCAAGCGGCCAGAGCUGGCCUGGCUGGGAACCGAGACGAACCAGUUCGGAACGGACGAGUUCAUGCAGUGGCUGUCGGUGCUCAGUGAGGGCAAGAAAGACCGUGUCGAGCCGUACAUUUGUCUGAACAUGGGGACCGGCACCCUGGACGAGGCGCUGGCCUGGGUCGAGUACUGCAACGGGACCAAGGAUACCUACUAUGCCAACCUGCGCAGGCAGAACGGCCACGAGGAGCCGUACAGGGUCAAGUACUGGGCGCUGGGCAACGAGAUCUGGGGCCCGUGGCAGGUCGAGCAGAUGACCAAGGAAGACUAUGCCAAGAAGGCGGCGCAGUGGGCCAAGGCGCUCCGCCUGCUCGACCCCAGCCUGUGCCUGAUCCUCUGCGGCGAGACGGGCCACAGCUCAUGGGACCACCACGUGCUGAAGGAGUGUGUGUCUGUCGUCGACAUGCACUCUAUCCACAUCUACACGGCGUCGGCCCAGCACCUGCCCAACGUCACGGCCCCGCUGUCGGCGGAGCGUGCAAUCCAGACGGCGGCAGCGCUGAUCGACAUUGCGCGCAUCGAGAACAACGUGCCGCCGACCAAGGCUCAAACCACAAUCUGCUUCGACGAGUGGAACGUGUGGGACCCGGAGCGAGCGCCAGGCGACAAGGGCGCAGAGGAAAAGUACACGCUGUCGGAUGCGCUGGCCGUGGCCGUGUGGCUCAACGUGUUCGUGCGGCAGAGCAGGUACAUCGGCAUGGCCAACAUCGCGCAGACGGUCAACGUGAUCUCGCCACUCAUGACGAGCAAGGAUGGCAUCGUCAAGCAGACGACGUGGUGGCCCCUGCUGCUCUUCAGCCGCUUCAUGCGCGGGUGGACGGUAGCGGCGCACGUCAGCUGCGGGUCCUGGGCGGGGGAGACGAGCCCAGCCUGGCUGCAGGGCGUGUUGCAGGACGGUGCGCCAUGGCUGGACGUCAGCGCCGUGGUGGACGACGAGGGCUUCGUCAAUGUGGCGGUGGUGAACAUUAGCGACGAGGCUGAUCUCGAGGCCAGCCUGAAGGGCGUCUCGGGCAAGGUCGAGGUGCACACCGUCAACGGCCCCGGCGUGAAGGCCGUCAAUGUCGCCGGCAGCGAUGAGGUGGGCGUCAGGGAGUCUCAAUGGGACGGCGAGGGCGCCUUCGUGUUUCCCAAGCACUCGAUGACGCUGCUGAGGUGGAAGGCUGCAUGAUGGAAUGACACAUCAUGAACGACGAUCGAUGACAACACCUGCUGAGGUGGGCAAAGGGACAGCACGAGCUGAGCUGCGAGAGAUGUGAUGUGUCAGUUAUUACUACUAUGUAUGGCCCUCGUAGAACAACAAUGCAAUAGAGAAGAAGAGAGACUCGAUCCUUUCUUCUUUCUCUCUCUCUCUCUCUUUCAUUCUCGAAUUCUGAUGCUGGUGUCUCGGCACGGUCCGCGUAGAUCUUGAACAAGGCUAUUGUUGUCGUCAUCAUGAUCGUCGCGGCCUUGUUCUCCGUGCUAGUCGAUGUAGAUGCUCAUCCUU